AUGAAAAUAUUCGUUCCUGGCUUUGGAGCACAAAUUUAUGACGAAACCAAUCUAACCUUUAAUGCUAAUUUGCUUAUAAAAUUCCGUGUUGAACAAAGCACUUGUCGAGUAGAAUUAAAUGCUUUAAAGCUUUCUUUUGAUCAUUAUAAUCUUGAAAUGUACAAGUUGGAUCGGGUGGAUGAGAGUUAUCAAAACAUGUCAAAAUCAAUUCCUAAGGUUGUUGAAGUCAGAGUUGAUGAAGCUAGGGAGAAGUUUUACAGGAUAUUGGAGAUAGGCGAACAUUACAUUAUUCGUGUAGUUACUUUAAUAAUUAGCCUGAUUACUCGAUCUCCUAUGUCUUCAUAUAAUAUUUUUCAGAUUCCAUACUCGGGACCAAUUGCCUCAAAACUCGCUGGCCUCUAUUUAACAACAUACACUACUCUUGCUGGUGAGCACAAAUUUGCGGCAGUUACACAGAUGGUUCCUACUGGUGCGCGAAGAAUGGUUCCUUGUUUUGAUGAGCCCCAUUUUAAAGCUAUUUAUCGACUCAACAUUAUCCAUCCUUUUGGCUCCAGAGUUGUUAGUAAUUCGAAAGAGAUUCGUGAUGGAGUCCCUACAGACAAUAACGAAUGGAUUCGAACCGACUUUGAUGAGACACCUCCAAUGUCUUCAUUUUUGUUGGCUUUGGUAGUUUCUGACUUUGAUUUUGUUGAGGGAUAUACAAAACGUGGAAUACGAUUUCGAAUAUGGGCAAGAAAGGAUAUUAUAAGCCUUAUUUCUUAUACUUUAGAAGCCGGAAUUCGUGUUUUAGAAUUUUAUGAAGAUUAUUAUGGAAUUGAGUUUCCGCUUCCAAAACAAGAUAUGGUGGCCUUUCCUGAUUCUGAAGCGGGAGGGACAGGAAAUUGGGGAGUGGUCACUUUUCGUGAAAAAUAUCUUCUCUAUAGUCCAGAGUUAUACACUCUUCAACAAAAGAUGGAUAUUACCUCAAUUAUCGCCCACGAAUUAGCUCAUCAAUGGUUUGGUAAUUUGGUUACUAUGCGUUGGUGGAGUGAUUUAUGGCUUAUUGAAGGUGUUGCGACUUUGAUGGAAUAUUUGGGUACAGAUGCAAUCAGUAACGGCAGUUUUAGAAUGGCUGAUUAUUUUGUUAUUAAAGACUUAAGCUCUGCUUUCGACCGAGAUUCCCGAUCAACAUCACAUCCUCUAUUCUUUGAAAUUCAAAAAGCUGAAGAUGUUAACGAAGCUUUUGACCCAAUAACUUACAGCAAAGGUGCAAGUGUUUUGAGGAUGAUAAGAUCUGUGAUGGGCGAAGAAUACUUUAAAUGUGGAGUAAAUAUCUACUUAAACCGUUUCAAAUACCAAAAUGCCGAACACACUGACCUGUGGGAUGCAUUAACAGAAGCAAUCCCUCAACAUCUACUUGACAAAGAAGGGAAACCUUUUAAUGUUACAAAGUUUGCAAAAUAUUGGACUAAAGAAACUGGAUUCCCUGUUCUACAAGCAUGUUCUAAACUAAAAAUGAAUUCAAAGUUUUAUUUAGUUAAAACGGAUUUCUCCUAA